CGGAUCUGGCACGGCCAAUGGUACGCGCGGAAUUACCACAGCCUGCACACCCGCACCGAAAAGCCAGGUGCUCUCUCAACUGCUAGCCAUCUGGCCAAGCGUGCUCCAAAAGUCCCCAAAACCCGCUGAAACAUGUUGGCACACACCGCUAGACUCGCCAGAUCCGCGCCCCGCGUGGCCCGUGCGGCGCUCCAGCUCAGAACAUUGGCGGCCUCGCCCCGCUUGGCGCAGGAAUCCGACGAGCCGCUUCCAUUCUUGCACUCGUUGCCCAGACAGCUGAAAGGCCCCCAGGAGGUGCCCCUCCAAAACCCGGCAGACCAGUACAAAGAGGUGUCGGAGGAGUUACACAAGUUCGGCACUUACGUGAUGGCGUGCAUGCCCAAAUUCGUGCAGCAGUUCUCCGUGUGGAAGGAUGAGUUGACCAUCUAUGUGGCGCCCUCGGCGCUCAGACCGGUCAUGGUGUACUUGAAGAACCACACCGCGGCGCAGUUCAAGAGCUGCAUGGACAUCACCGGCGUGGACUACCCCUCCAGAACCAACCGUUUCGACGUGGUGUACAACUUGUUGAGUGUGCGCCACAACUCGAGAAUCCGUGUGAAGACGUACGCGUCGGAAACGUCCGCCGUGCCUUCGGUGGUGCCCAUCUAUGAGGGAGCCAACUGGUACGAAAGAGAAACGUACGACAUGUUUGGUGUGUUCUUCGAGGGCCACCCCGACUUGAGAAGAAUCAUGACCGAUUACGGUUUCGAGGGCCACCCCUUGCGCAAGGACUUCCCCACCACCGGAUACACCGAGGUGCGUUAUGACGAGGAGAAGAAGCGGGUCAUCUAUGAGCCUUUGGAGUUGACGCAGGCCUGGAGAAACUUCUCCGUCGGCUCCUCCGUGUGGGAGCAGGUUGGCGAGGGCAAGGACUUCACCCCGGACUCGUUCAAGUUGCCCACGCCGGAACCCGAGCCUACCGACGAAGAAAAGAAGUAGGCAACCCCCUUUUGCAUCCCCCACACGCCACCUGGCCCCUACGUACAGUCGAGCACUUGUAUAAUACACGAAUAUUAUUCUCGAGAUGGGUGCGUAGAUUCUAGUAUAUCCGGGGAGGCCGGCGCCGGAGCUCAGAUCGCCUGUAUCAAAAGCUGUUGUGUGCCG